UACUGCGUGUCCGUCCACUUAAUGAUAAGAAGUGUGCAGAACCGAAGAGCGGGGUUCUGUGUCAGGGCUGCCUCCUCGGUGAAAUCCCUGACAGUGGGGAUGGAUCUGUCUUCGGGGAGAUUGCUGUCAACCUUUUGCGCUCACUAGGGGUCGUCGAAUGUCAGAAAAUCAAUCUGGCAACAACAGGAAGGAGCCAGGCACCGAUGCCUGGAAACACUCUGGGAUUAGCAACCGCAGUGCCUUGCUGAAAUUACAAGUGGAAGAAAUCAAUGGCACUGGCGGAUGCCCGCGGCGAGGCAGAGUGAGUGAAGUGCGUUGGAAAGUUGCAACCGGCGUGCGGGCAGACGAUGCGGGGCAGACUAUUUUGAGGGUAUUUAAUCGCCAGUUUGCAGGGUAAUUUUGAGGAUUGAUGGAGUGACGUCAACACGUACCUUGCUUAAUAGCAAAGUAAUCUGAUUGUGGACGCUGUAAUCUCACCGGCACCGUGCUUUACUCUUUACAUAGCAGCUCUGCUCGCCUCCUCGACCCCGCUGGCCGUUUCCCCUCUGUGUCGAAGAUUGGAUGUUCAGGAAAUACUGGACGUUAUCUCACUGCAACGGCUUCUUCCAUCCUGAAGGUUAAAUAAAGAGAAAAGAAACCCGACUGCGCUAGGAAGGCAGAGAGCAGUGUGAAGAAACUCAAUUUACAACCAAGCAGUUUGCAACAUUGACAAUAAUUAGCCGUUCGGAGCACCGGGCAACAAAGACUUCAUACCGCGCGUGUAGAUGUCACCAUCUCCAACUGUCUCUCACCUUAUUUAAAUAUAUAUCUAGUACCUCUCCACACUCUCUGGAGAGGUUUCCCACAAGGCACAUAUACAUUUAAAACGAAACAUGAAUAUAAUUGCACUGCUACUGACUGUGUUGCCUCUAUCUGGGAAUCUCCACUGGAUUAGUGGAUUCGAUCACGAUUACACGUAUGAUUACUACGAUGAAGAAAAGGCGGAGGUUAUCGAUUAUAAAGACCCAUGCAAAGCUGUUGCAUUUUGGGGAGACAUUGCCUUAGACGAAGAAGACUUGCAACUCUUUCAGAUUGACAGGACAAUUGAUUUAUCAAGACACACCUUGGGCAGCAUUGGGCACACAACAGGUGGAUCUGGAGAACAUAAAGUUUCCAAAAAGAAGGGAACAAUUUAUCAACUUAUAGAUCAGAUACUAAGAUUGGGAACAGACAGUGAUCAAAAUACCACUGACAGAGAAAAGAACAACUCGGAAACAUUAAGAAAGAGCGAAAAGAAAAGAGUUCCCAGAGCUGCAACAUCUCGCGCUGAGAGAAUUUGGCCCGGGAGUGUCAUCCCUUACGUAAUCGGAGGCAAUUUCACAGGUAGCCAGCGGGCAAUGUUCAAACAAGCCAUGCGGCACUGGGAAAAAUACACGUGUGUUACUUUCAUAGAACGGGCAGAUGAAGAAAGUUACAUUGUCUUCACGUACAGACCGUGUGGGUGUUGCUCCUAUGUGGGCAGGCGUGGUAAUGGUCCUCAGGCUAUUUCGAUUGGCAAAAACUGCGACAAAUUCGGGAUUGUCGUUCACGAACUGGGCCAUGUGAUCGGGUUUUGGCAUGAACACACCAGACCAGACCGAGACGAUCAUGUGACCAUCAUUAGAGAAAACAUCCAGCCCGGCCAGGAAUACAACUUCCUCAAGAUGGAGCCUGGAGAAGUGAACUCCCUCGGAGAAUCAUAUGACUUUGACAGUAUCAUGCACUAUGCUAGGAACACCUUCUCAAGAGGAAUGUUUCUGGAUACCAUUCUACCCGGACGUAAUGAAAAUGGCAUACGACCUCCCAUUGGCCAACGUGCACGAUUAAGUAAAGGAGACAUUGCACAGGCAAGGAAGCUGUAUAGAUGUCCAGCUUGUGGAGAAACUCUCCAGGAUUCGUCUGGCAAUUUCUCAUCUCCCGGAUUUCCCAAUGGAUACCCCUCAUACACGCACUGUGUUUGGAGAAUCUCAGUCACACCUGGUGAAAAGAUUGUUUUGAAUUUUACAACCAUGGAUCUCUUUAAGAGUCGCCUGUGCUGGUAUGACUACAUAGAAGUACGAGAUGGUUAUUGGAGAAAGGCGCCUCUUCUUGGUAGAUUCUGUGGUGACAAGUUGCCUGAAGUUCUGAUGUCCACAGAUAGCAGGAUGUGGAUAGAAUUCCGCAGCAGCAGUAACUGGGUUGGGAAGGGUUUUGCUGCAGUUUAUGAAGCAAUUUGUGGUGGCGAAAUCAGUAAAGAAUCUGGACAGAUCCAGUCUCCUAACUAUCCAGAUGACUACAGACCGUUGAAGGAAUGUGUGUGGAAAAUAACAAUGGCUGAGCACUACCACGUCGGAUUAGUUUUCCAAGCUUUUGAGAUUGAGAGGCAUGACAAUUGUGCCUAUGACUAUCUUGAGGUUCGGAAUGGCAAUAAUGAAAACAGUCCACUGAUCGGGCGGUUUUGUGGCUACGAUAAACCUGAAGACAUCAAAUCUACUUCCAAUUCCCUCUGGAUGAAGUUUGUUUCCGAUGGAACUAUUAACAAGGCAGGAUUUGCUGCAAACUUUUUUAAAGAGGAGGAUGAGUGUGCCAGACACGACCACGGAGGCUGUGAGCAACAAUGUGUGAACACUUUGGGUAGUUACAAGUGUACCUGUGACCCAGGCUACGAACUUGCAGCAGACAAGAAAAAUUGUGAAGCUGCCUGUGGAGGACUCCUAUCAAAGUUAAAUGGAACAAUCACCACACCAGGCUGGCCAAAGGAAUAUCCUCCAAAUAAGAACUGUGUUUGGCAAGUUGUGGCUCCCACUCAGUACAGGAUCUCUAUGCAGUUUGAAUUUUUUGAGCUAGAAGGCAACGAUAUCUGCAAAUACGAUUAUGUGGAGAUCCGCAGUGGCCUUUCAUCUGAUUCCAAACUUCACGGAAAGUUUUGUGGGACAGAAGUGCCCGAGGUUAUUACAUCGCAAUACAACAACAUGAGGAUUGAGUUCAAAUCCGACAAUACCGUUUCAAAGAAAGGUUUCAAGGCCCAUUUCUUCUCAGACCGGGAAGCACCAUGCAAAGAGAAAAUUUUUAUUUUUGAAUCCUGCAAGAACCUGCUGCAGGUAUCCCUUUCCAGCCGAGUAGGUAUUAUAGACAGACUGGCGACCUCUGACAGAUUCAGAGAUAAAGACGAAUGUUCCAAAGACAAUGGAGGCUGUCAACAUGAGUGUGUCAAUACAAUAGGCAGUUAUGUUUGUCAGUGCCGAAACGGAUUUGUACUACAUGAAAACAAACAUGAUUGCAAAGAAGCGGAAUGUGAACACAGGAUUUACAGUGCCACUGGUCCCAUCACAAGUCCCAAUUGGCCUGAUAAAUAUCCUAGUCGCAAAGAAUGUACCUGGGAGAUCUCUGCAACUCCAGGCCAAAGAGUGAAGAUUACUUUUAAUGAAUUUGAGAUCGAACAACACCAAGAAUGUGCUUACGAUCACCUGGAAGUGUUUGAUGGGGAGACGGACAAGUUUGCGAUCCUCGGCCGGUUCUGUGGGAGUAUUAUUCCAAAUCCUGUCAUCUCCACUGGAAGUAAAAUGUUCGUUAGGUUUGUUUCAGAUGCAUCGGUACAAAGGAAAGGUUUCCAGGCUACUCACUCUACAGAAUGCGGCGGGAGACUUCGGGCAGAGAUUAAAUCCAAGGAUCUGUACUCCCACGCACAAUUUGGGGACAAUAACUAUCCGGGGCAAGUGGACUGUGAAUGGCAGAUUAUAGCGGAAAAAGGUUAUGGAGUGGAGCUAUCCUUCCAGACGUUUGAAGUGGAAGUGGAAGCUGAUUGUGGCUAUGACUUUAUUGAACUAUUUGAUGGAUUUGACACCACAGCUUCAAGACUUGGACAGUUCUGUGGAUCAGGGCCACCUGAAGAAAUGUAUUCAACAGGAAAUGCCAUUUUGCUCCAUUUUCAUUCUGAUGACACAAUUAAUAAGAAGGGAUUCCAUAUACGAUACACGAGUACAAAAUUCCAGGAUACCCUCCACAUCAAAAAGUAACCCGGACCAUCGAUGAAGUUUCCUUUUUCUUUUUUAUCUUAAAAAAAAAAAAAAGCAAAAAGCAAAAAUAACCUGAAUGAAUUACGAUGACAGAAGGGGGAGGAACUGAAGAAAAUGAAUUGUUGCAAAGUCAGCAGGAAGGUGAAGAACUUCAGUGGAAGACUUAAACAUGCAGACGACCAGAUAGUCUGAGUAUGAAACUCCAGGAACAGAUCACUACUUGCAGAGUAAUUAUAAAGUUUUGCUUGCUGCAUCAGCUUCUGUCCUCUGCUGGCUACAGAGUUUCACCAGGUGGAAAAACUGCUAUACAGACUCCAGCCAACUGCACUAUCCAUACGAAUGAGCCGACAACUUCAACAGGCGCCAUUCAUUAGAUUUCUUCAAUCAGACAAAAAAUAAUAAAAGGAGGAAAUAAUUAUCCUAUGUACUGUUCACUUUUCGACAUGUGGAUUAUUAAUAUAAAGAAAAAAUCCAUUUACUACAUAAUUUAUGAGGUUUUUGUAAGUCUCUUUCUUUUUUUAAACUGGUGACAAUUAUCUGUGAUUUUGUCUCUCAGACACAGGACUUCAAGCAGAACCGAAGAGCACUGUAGCAAACUGUGAAUUCCUUCCGUACCAAAAACAGGUCGAAAAGAGCAUUGAAAAUCCUGAGAGCAUUUUCUAUAUUUUGCUAUUGGGAUGUGCCAGGAUAGUUUUAUAUAAAUGUGUGUGUUGGUAGUUUGCACUUAGAAUGAUACGAAGGGCCUGCCUUUAGGCCCCAGCUAUUGUAUGUGUCCCUGGACUCCACUAUGUAAAUCAUUUGAAGUGACAAGCAUAUGACUUUAUGUGAAUGAAAAUUAAAUUAAUAGAUAACCAGUUAAGAAUAGUGUUACCGCAGUAGUGUGCGCAAAUGGCCAUGGAGUAUUAGAAAGAAAAAUAGCUAACUGCAAUUCCAUAACAGUACCCUUAUAGCCAUUCUCUGUUGAACAAAAUAUAAUUAAACUGGUGAUAAUUUCUAGUGUUAUGAUUUUCAGCGAGAGGAACAAAAUAGAUAGAUUAACUCUGUGACCUCUACACCCCACAAUUCAGUCAACCUUUCAUGAUACACGGAUCUCCUGAUUUGACAGAUGAACUGACGAUGAGGAAAAGAAUAAUACCCCUGAAAAGUUGAUAACUCCUGGAAGACCAGAGAAAAGCCAUGCAAAGCAGGUUUCCAACGGUGCUACUCCAUGUUCCAAACCAUUUUGGUUUUAUGAGCCAAACAACCUUCAGAAUAUUGUCUGAUUUUCAAAAACAGUUGCAGGCAUCAGCAGAAGGGCAAAGACAAAUCUCAUCUUGAACAUAAAAUAAAAUCGGAGUGCUGUAAAACCACUAGUCCUAUGGAGACUGAAACAUUUAAUGCCUUUAGGAUGAUUCCUUGUAGAUCUUGCACAAUGCACACAAGCUUUUAUGUACAACUCUGAACACUUGAUUUAAGGUAAUUCAACGACUUGAACACUUUUUGAUCAUUGUUUGCCGUGUAGAGAAUGUCCACGAAGUCAAUGUAUUUAAAUGCAAUGCAAAAGUGAAAUGUUUUAACAUAGCUAGGGUAUAGAAAUGGUGAAUAACCAGUUUGCAGACUGGCAGUUCAAUCUCAAACCAUUCUCGCCGUGUUCCACGAGAGAACCAUAAUAUUGGAUAUUUCAUUGCAGCACACCUGCAUUAUUAUGUGUUAAUUUACAAAGACAUUAUAAGGCUAAGCAGUGAAAUUAUUACAGUACGUGCCAAGUUCAAUUUGAAUUUGUUUGCUGAAAGCCAAUCUGUAUUUUUGUUAACUUUAUAAGCAGAACAUUGUGGCUUCUGAAGCUUCUUAUUAAAGGUUCGUUCAGGUUAAGGUUCAGGAGUAAAAUCAAAUGUCAUUGCAAGAGAAGUUACAUUGAAAUGUCUUUCACACAGUAGUUUGCUACCUACAUUAGCACCAAUGAUCUUAUUUGUACCUGUAUUAUAUCAUUUGUUCAUGGAAACAUCAUUAGCACUAAUAAAUAUGUUUUUACAAACAUUA